UAUCUGCUCGGCGGCCUCGUCUCAUGUCCACACAAUUCAUUCCUCUUUCUUCUUAUCUUUCAUAUCUUAUAUAUUUUAAUACCGUACUACUAAUCUUUCAUAUUUCACAUUCUGUCAGUCUAAUAUUCUACGCAUCAACAAUCCAUGCAAUCGCAUCCUAUAGCUUAAUACUUCUCUUCUUCUUUUUUUCUUUCUAUAAUCUUUUGUCAACUGAGAGAAUGAUUUUCAGAUGCUGUAGAUUUUUCUCCUUUAUUUGUUUCAUUAUGAAAAAAAGAAAACUAUUUUCUCAAAGUUGAUUUGCUAUGAAACUACUGAUUGUUUUUUUUAGUUUGCAAAUGGUAAGAGUGAUGUGCAGAUCGGCUCCAUAUCAGAGUCAACAGCAGGUGCCAGUCCAUGGCCGAUCUGACUGCCGCUUGGAGCCAAUAUUUAGUUAAAGGGAUACACACAUAUAAAAAGGAACGGAUGAUUUCUAAAGCUUUAGAUUGCUUUAUCAUGACGAGGAAGCAAGGCACCGAGUUCAAUAUUGUCAUAUUGCAAGGAUGUUGUUGGCAAUAUUGUUAUCUACGGCUUCAGAAACCAUCCCUUUCUUGCUUAAUUUAUGGAAUCUGUAAUAUACAGAUUGACACACCUAGUAAUGAAGGGAUGAUUUCUGAAACUUUAGUAACUUUAUCAAGAAUGUUGUUGCAAGGCAGGUGUGGUCGUGGGUGAGAAAUCAUCA